AUUCAGUUGAAUCCCAACGAGCAACGGAACAACAUCUCGUGUGUUGUGCAUGAGCUCGAGGCGCGUUUGUAAAUAUUUAAAAAAUUGUAUUCAUAAAUAAAACUAAAACUUAACAAUUGUCCCAGGCAGUUGCAUUAAAAAUAUAAAAAAUUCAUCAUUUUUAAUCAGUGCUGAAUUCUUCGAGUGUUCGAGUGGCAAAACAAGUUUCCAACAAAAAAAAUUAAAACAAAAAAAAAUUGUUAAUUCAAAAAAAAAAUUCAAUUGUACCAAAAAAAAAGCAAACGAAAGAAAAACACAAAGUGCGAAGCAAAUAUUUGCACAUGCAACCGAGCGUGCCACACUCAUUUUCCUUCCUUUUUCCCACACACAUUCUCGAAAAAUAACAAUGAAAAAGUAAUCACAGCUAUUUGUAAAUAAUUGCAGUGCGAUUGAAGUGAAAGUUCAGUUCGUUUCGAUUCGAUUCGGUUCAGUUUGAUUUUGCCCUAAUUAAAAAGUGCAAUAAAUACAACAAUAGAGCAGCGGAAAAAGCGUAAUUUUAAUCAAAAAAGAAAAGCUAGCUAAUUGUACCUGCUUCAUCCAGCAACUGGCUUGCCACGCAGCUUCCUCAUCUUCCAUCGUCUGCAACUUUGGCGCAUCAGUAUCUCGUUGGUGGUUCUCAGUGGAAGACAAUGUUUCAAUAGAGAUGGCCAAACUUUCGCGACGUGCUUCGUCGUCUGCAACAACGCCGCCAACAGCCACAGCAACAGCAACCGCAACAACAGCAACUACAACAACUGGAAGUGGAACAGUAAGUGGAACAACAUCAGCAACAGUUCGUCAUGCUCGAGGGGCAAAUCAACAACAACAGCAGCAGCAUCAGCAGCAGCAGCAACAACUGCAACGCAACACGCGUGCCUCGAGCAACAGCCUGCGAAAUGCUCAAACGGCCAACUUUGUUGAUCCCGAUGCCAGCGUUGCUCACGAGCUCUCAGCAGCGGCAGCAGCUGCAGCGGCAUCGUCCUCUUCCUCAUCCUCUUCCUCGUCAGCAGCAGCAGCAGCAGCGGCAUCGGCACCGCCGACGUACGCCAGUCCGGUUUACCACAACACUGCCAUCAAUCCCUCGCCUGCAACCACACACGUACCCGUCUCGGCCACGCCAUACAUGCCGCUUCUGCCGCCCGGCGAACGCAAUCUGACCGAGGCGGAAAAUGCCGCCGAGCGAGCGCGCAUACGCGAGGAAUUCUUUGCCACCUAUGACGUGAUGACCGGCGUCCGUAUUGCCGCCACGCUGGGCGGCUUUUUUGGCCUGAUGGUCUUUCUCAUCGUGUGGAAGAGUCGCAGCAGCAGUAACGAAACGCUCAAGGUGCUCAAGGAUCCCAAGAUGGCAGCUGUCGCCGCCGUUUGCAUGCAGGAGGAGGAGGAACGCGAGCUGCAGGAGGCGAUUGUGGCCACGGGCAUGUCCAUCUAUCCGGAUGAGUACGAUGCACUUGUCUAUCGCCGGCAGCGCAUGUUGUCGCUCGGCAAUGUGAGUGCGCCGCCGCUGCUCAAUCGCGGCUAUCGCUGCGCCUCCGUGGGUGGCGUGGGCGUGCCUGGACCUGUGGGCUAUAGCUAUCUGUUGGAGCCGCCGCGUCGCUUUUCCUACUCUGCGAUGUCGGCGGGGGGCGGUGCUCCGGGGGCGCCAGGAAGACGUAAGAGCGGCUCCGAAUCAUCGCGUAUUUUUAGCAAUUAUCCAAUGGGCGGCAGCUUUGGCACGGACGAUUACUUUAUGGAAACGGAAGAUGAGCUUGAGCAUGAGGAGUAUAUGCAGCAAGAUGCCCACGAGGAGGAGGAUGAGGAGCAGGAGCAACUGCAUCAACGCACAGAUUCGACGCGCAGCAAACAAGGGUUUCUCUCCGUACCAUUAGCGGGCCACGACUCGCGUCGCAGCAGCGCCAUGACCUGCUGCAGCACUGACAGCUCCUACUUGGAGCGUCGUACCUCGGCCUACACGCUGGGCAUGAGCAAUCUGCCGCCGACGCUGCAGCGCAAAUUGUCGACAGCAUCGCGCACAUCGAGCAUCGAGAACUGGGACUAUUACUAUCCGGACAUUCAGGUAAUACAGCCCACGCCCAAGGCAUCACCUUGCCCCUCAGAGCGCAGCAUACACGAGACGACGACGCCGAAAUCGACGGCUGCAUCGGCUUCGGCUUUGAGUGCGCCCAACAUUAAGCGCAAGCACAGCAUAGUCUCCUAUGAUCCGGAGAGCAAUCAGGCGGGACGCAAGCAGCAGAUCCAUUCGAUCAGCGCGGAUACUGUGGACGUGUAUCCCUACAAUCAGACGGAUGUGAGUUUGCCGCUCAAGUCGACACCUCAACAGCAACAACAUCAGCAACAGCUGCAUUUUGGUGAUUCACCAUCGGAGGAACUUCGCCUGGGCGUGCGACGCAAACUGACGCUAGUGGAACUGCAACGCAGCAGCAACAACGUGGAGAGCAACAACAAUAGCUUUCCCUAUACUGCGAAUGCUGCAGCGCCUGUUGCAGCCACCGCAGCGUCUGUAGCCACCAACAGCAAUGCCACCAACAAUGCCACCUCGAGCAGCAUUAGUGUGGACAGCACUCCGGUGAGCUUGGAUCGCCUCAAUGGCAGCAUUAGUCUGGGCACCGUUUCGACAAAGGCGGCGCCCGUGAAUCCCUUGCCCGCCUUGGAGGGUAAACGUGCCCCGCUCGCCUCGUUAAGUUCCUUUAAGAUCUCAUCGCUGGAAUGCGCCGACUCCGAGUUGCGUUCCCUCGACGAGGACUCGGUGUUUGGGCUGGAGGAAAGUGCCGCCGACACAGACGAUGACAUGCAGCAGCUAAGCAGCGACAGCGAAGAGCAGAAUUUGGCACUUGCAGCAGCUCAAGUGGCGCCCAUGGUGCCGACAAACUACGUCAAAUCGGGUCCGGUGGUGUUGCCCAUCAAAAGGAUGAGCUUGAGUUCAGUGCCCAUGACGGGCACCCGACCGCGACGUCCACAACUGCAACGGCAUCGCACCAUAAGCACAGCCAGCGAGCGACUGUCUGGACAGGCUGCAGUUGGCGCUGUGCCGCCUCCGCUGGAGACGCACUUUGGCGCCGUGAUCUGCAGUCCGUUGCAGUCGCGACGUGGCCAAUUGUUGCAGCAGCACAGCGAUCCGCAGACAACGACGACAACCACAACGACAACAACGACGACGACGACCACAGAGGAUGACACGUGCUCCACAUUGAACACCGAGCUAGGACUCCUGGAUGCGGUGGUCACAACAAGUCCCUUGGGUGGUGUUGGCGGCGGAGGUGGUGGUGGGGAAUCCACAACGCAUACGCAGUAUAGUAGCCUCAAUACAGUCAUCAGUGUGGGACACUCGAGUCCAAGUCCACAGCUGGACAAUAAGUCAACAGUUGGCAAGCAUGCAGCACAACAACAACAACAACAGCAACAACAACAACAACUGCCAUCCAAUAGCAACAGCAACAGCAACAAUAGCAACAGCAACAUUAGACUGGGCCACGAUCCGUGUGCAUCCUCCAUAUCGGAUUCGGUGAUAGCCACACAGCGGCCCCAAAGCAUUUGCAUGCCUUCCUCGCUCAAGGAGCUGAUCCUACGUGGCGGCGGCGCCACCAGCAAAAGUGCCCAUCAGCUCAGUUUGCAUCACAGCGAGGCGACGUCGAGUGCAACGCCAGCUGUGAUGUUGGAGUUGCCACUGAUACGUCUGCCCACAGAUGAUGAUGAUGACGACGACGAUGAUGAUGAUAUGGAGCAUGGGUUGGGCAAUGCAAAUGGCGGCGAGGAUAGCCUGGAGGAUGAGUCGCAUUCAAGGGAUCCCAGUCUGCCCGGCAGUUCCAGAAAGUGGUCAAAGGAGACGCUCUUCUAGCCCAGCGAGCUGCAGUUCCAAACACGAUCACGAGCUUAACGAGUAUUGUUGGGUCAACCCCGAAAAAUUAGUAAUAUACAGAAAUAUAAUAUGAUAAUGUAGUAGGCAAGGAGCAGCUGAAAAAAUGCAAAACAGAAGCAGAACAACAACAACAACAACAACGUAUUCGUACUUAGAGACUGUUGUCUAUUAUUGUUAAUAGAACUCUUAAAGGUUAAGUAGUGAUACUCGGAUUUAUUUUUCACACUAUCUAUUAACAGGAAUACAAUACAUGCGAAAUGUAUAUUUAUAUACCUAUACAGAUACAUACAUACAUAUAGUAUAUACAUAUAUUUCUAUAUAGAACUCGUAGUAUUUUGCCAGCAGCCAGCCAGCAGCAAAAUCUGAAAAGCAGAUAUCAGUCUCCCCCUCACAUACAAGAAGUACAUAUAAUACUACUAAUACUAUAUAUGUAUCAUAAAUGUUAUUUAUUUAUUUAUAUUUUCUACUAUAAUGAAAUACAUUCUUCUAGUGUCUUAAACAACAGCAGCAACAGCCAAAAACAAACAAAUACGAUUACUUCAAGUAUUGUAUAUUAUAAAUUUUUUAUAGAUUGCACACUCACACACACACACACACAUCCAAGAACUUUAAACAAUAACAUUCAAAACCAAAUACAAAACUGAUGUACACUGACAGAUAAAACGGAAAAGUAUGAGCCAUAAUAUUAUAAUAAUAAUAUUAGUACAUACUUAUAAUUAGAUGAGAACUUAAAGACCUCGAUAAGCAUUAGUCGAACUCUAUUCUACUAUUAUUCUACAACUCUUCUAUUUUCUAUUUUUUUGAUAACUUUCAUAGCAUCUCUUUACCAAAUUCAUGUAUUUUCUGGAAAUUCUUCGCAAAAAAGGAAAAAUUAAAAACACUUUUUGAAAAUGCGAUAAAUUAAAGGCCAUUCGAAUGCAAAUUGUUAAAAUUUAAUACAAAAAAAAAAUAGAAAAAAACUGAAAAAUACAAAAAAAAAAACUAUGAUAUAUAAUUAGUUGUUGUCAAAAAAGAAAAUGAAAUUAUAGCGUUACUUAAAACAAGUGUUAAACAAAAUAGUAUGAACAAUUUCCUAACUCAUCCCACCUACGCAUCUCUAUUUUUCUAUGAAAAUGCAUUUGCUCCACAAGUGAGAACAAAAGUUAUAGCAAAUAAUUAUGAAGAAUUAUUAAAUAAUAUAUAAAUAAAUAAAUAACUUGUAUUUUUCAAAAAAGGAAAACAAAUCAAAAUACAUAUAAAAAAAGCCAUAACAAAAAAACAACUAAAAUUAAAAUCUAUAUUAUAAUAUGAUAUAUGAGUAACAAACAACUAGAGCUGCAUUUUGUCGUUUUGUGUGGGAGAUUCAACGAAACCUAUUAGAGACUUUCUCACAUGCCUGAGCCUAAUUUGUACCUAUCCUAUUGCAUAAGAGUAAAAAAAAGAAAAAAAAAAAACUAAAUCAAGCCCUAUUUAAAAACAUAUUUUUGAGUACUAGUAAGGUAUUUUAUACGAUGAACAAAUCAACUCAAAUGGCGCCUAGGAAAUGGUAUAUCAAAAGCAAAAGGAAACUAGUAAUACUUGCAAGUAUAAAACAUAUAAAUAAAUAUUUAAUUGUUGGUUAUAUGCUGAAGUCAAUGAAAAACAAAAAACCAAAUUAAGAAAAA